UUGGUCCGUCUUCAGCAAUGUGAAAUUGGCCAGCCACUAGGUAUAACGACAUCCAAUGGCAUCGUCCGCCGCCGCCGCCAGAUCAGUUAUCCGAUCAAGCUCUGCUCGCAACGCUGUGUCUCAGCUCUACUCACAAGCCAAAGCAGCUCCUUCGCCGUUUCAUGUGUCCUCCAAGUUUCGUCUCUCCGGCCGCAUUUUCAGGUGCCCAGUUAAAGCGAGUGUCUGCGUGGAAUCUGUGCUGCCAUAUCACACGGCGACUGCUUCGGCUUUGAUGAAAUCGAUGCUCUCCAUUUCUCGACGCAGCUAUGUUUGGCUCCCGGAAGGUUGGAGGGGCAAGACCCCCUGGAGUUGAGGUUUUAACCCCAGCCACAGUGCGGUACUGAGUUGCAUCGGGCCUCCAAAGAAAGUAAAUAACCUUGUAUGCAUUAGCAUGCCUGCUUAUUGCAGGCACUUCAACCCAAAGCUUUGAGGGCUGUAAUCUCCUCUUAAUGUUUGCCAGGGUAACCAGACAAUUCCACUCUGAAAGUUGUUAUAAAUUAUCAUUUUCUUCUUUGGCUUUAGCUGAAGGAAUGUAAAAAGACUUUCUGGCUAAAAAAAAAAAGUGUAUUUUAACUUUAGGCUUGUCUUUUACUAUUUUAUAUGUCUAAUUUUGGGUUCUGGCAUUGCCCUGAUUGGUAUCAUCAAGAUAUAUCUGUACAUUGCUUCUUCCUGGAGUGAAAUGUAGUUAUACUUAAUAACCCUUGAGGUUCAGUUUGAUUUAUAGGGGUAAGUAAUCUUUAGCACCUAGGCCAAUAAUGCUUGUCAUGCAGUUGUUGCAAAUUAACCACGGCGUUUUCACCCUGGACGUAGUGUCGUACUGAAUUGUUGGAUCAACCCUCCAAAGAAAGUAAAUAACGUUGCAUGCAUUAGCAUGCUUGCUCAUUGCAGCCUUUUCAACAUGCGUAAGCGGUAGCUUUUCAUCUUGCAUUGAUUGAGAUGAAGAAAAAGACAUUUUCUUUACUCAAUCAAAGUUUAAAAAUUAGUAUUAACACUGUGUAGGCCAAGGAGAGAUUCUAGUGAUAGCGCACACCAUCACCGACGAGAAAGUCAAGUCAACCUUGUUAUGUAAGUAUAAUGCCACACUCUCAAUUUCACUGAUUAGGGUUCAACCGGCUUACCUCAAGUACUUAAAAAAAUAAAAGAAGUCAAGUGAAUAAUAGUAUCGGAUUACUAUUAACUUUUCCAAAUUUAACAGGCUGAUUAUCACAGCACAUAAAAAGACGGAAAGAGAAACACCAAACAAAUUUCACAAUGAAAUGUGUCCCAUACUAAUAAAAGCUGCAUCUCAAAUGACUGUUUAUGACACAAAAACAAGCAUCAAGCCCUUAGGUUACUUUCAAAAUAUUAACUUCC